GGGGGGAAGCGGGGCUCGGAGGUCCCCCCAUUGUACCCGGAGGCAGCGAGGGAGGGCACAGCAUAGCACGUCACGGCGGGCCGGGCGCGGGGGCGGCUGGCUCCAUGCGUGCGAUCACUGUGAAACCAUGAAACCCUGUUAAAUGGCAGCGCGUUCAUGCUGGGGGAGGCUGGGCCGGGCCGGGCCGGUGCUGUGGGGCAGAUAAAUUUCCCCUCCCACUUAGGGGUGCAAGGGAUGGAAGCGAGUCCCAUCGUGACGUCCAAGCAGCGAGAGGAGGUGGUACACGGGGUCCCGACGGAGGUGGUUUGCACGGCGUUCUCCAACUCCAUCCUUGUGGUCGUCACACAGUAUGGCAAGAUGGGAACAAUUGUCUACUUGGACCCCAACACAGUUGGUGAUGAUGUGGGCAGGCCCACGCUUACCACAAAGGUGCUGCUGGGCAAGGAUGAGCCCCUUGUUCAUGUUUGCGCCAAAAACCUGGUGGCGUUUGUCUCUCAGGAAGCUGGGAACAAACCCGUUCUCCUUGCCAUGGCUUUGAAGGACAAGACGGUGGAAGGAAUACAAGCUCUACGGGAAGUGAUCCGGAGUUGCCAAGUGUGGUGAAGUUGUGCCAUCUGGAUUCAAGGAAAUGAUCUUGAGUCCAUGACUCAUCGCCACUUAUUUAAAAGGACAAGAAAUGAAAAUGAUGGAAUGCCUUUGUGCUGGUUUUGGAUGGACUGAGGAAUUUCAUGAAUUCUUCUCUGCUGUGUAGAACAUUUGUGGGUUUUGUUGCUGUGACAGGUUUGCAGGCUGGAUCGUCAGCGGUGAGACGGGAACGAUUGUCUCCACAUACAAGAGAAGAAGUAUUUUUAUCACCUUGGGUGGGAUGUAUAUUUAGGAGCCAGCAUGGCUCUGUGUCAGUGUCCUGAGCAGUGACAUGCCAGCUCUGUAGUUACACUGUACCGCAAAGGGGCAACACCCAGUGCAGAGUCAAUAAAAGAAACGUUGACGAAUAUAAUUUUAC